AUGCAUUUCCUCUCGCUCUCCAGGUGCAUUGCACUGGGUAUAUCCUGCACAGCUAUCUUGUCCACAGCCGUGGCUAAGAAACUGAUCCACGACAUACCCCCAAAAUCACUGUACACAUUCGAUGAGCUGUGGGAGCUUGAAAAGGGGUUCUGGGACGCCUUUCUUUACCCAGCGAAUAUCAAACAAACACAGGGAAAUCAGUCGACCAUAUUCGCUGCCGAUGUGCAAGGCCGAGUGGACAUAACUCGUACCUUUGAUGGCGAUGAACUCAACCGCGAGUACAUCUUCGGCCUCUUCGCAGAUCCGGCACAUGUCAGCCUCGUCGGUGUUCCAAUCUCGUAUAGCAUUACUCAAUUCACCGCGAACGACAACAUCGCCAGUGCCACGACGGUAGUUACGUUCAACGCGACAACUUUCGGAGUCCUUGUUCCCGUCACUAUUGAUACAUGGAUUGAAUUCAACGAAGAUGGAAAGAUUACUCAAUACGAUGCCACAUUCCGUUGGUUCGAAUAUCUACUGGACUUCCUGCUUGAGGGUGUUGCGACGCAAAUUAAUGCAACUUCCCCAGACCAAGCCGUCGCAUAUGUCUCGGACAUACUAGCGAAGACUAUCUGCGCAACUCAUGACAAGGACUGCACAGGAUCCGACCAACAAUAUAGUGACAACAGCGCUUGCUAUAGUUUCUUGACCAAGUCCAUUCGUUUUGGCAAGAGCUACGAGCUUGGACGGAAUACGUUACUAUGUCGCGAGGUUCAUGAGCAUAUGGUGCAGUAUCGCCCGGACGUCCACUGCGCUCAUAUUGGACCGACUGGCGGCGGCUACUGCGUGGAUGAUAUGACGUACGGCCAGACCGUUUUGGAGAAGUAUUUCAACGACUCGUGGAUUCCAUAUGGAUACGGAUUGAGUCCGGAUGUAUGGCUGAAGAACUAA